CUGAGCUAUAGCUGUAAUUUUUUAUCUGACAGUUCCGUUGGCUUUCUUUCUUUAUAAUUGGACUUUGAGCGCUAUAUACUAUGUUUACACUCUGUACAAGGUCUUUGCACGAACCUAGUCUGUCCCCAGAAACACGCAUAAUGGACUUUGACAUGUGAGAAUUAGGAUUACCAAACAUCUGAUCGAACAAAAAGAAUUUCGUUACGUUCUGAUUCCCAAAAGUAUUAGGUAAUCUGGAGUAUAGAGUAGUGAUGCUAAUAGCGUACUACGAUAACAUCAGCGUUGAGCAGGGCAGCAUCAUUCUGAAUCAUAUCGAAGCCCCGUGUAUACUGAGCACAUCCAAGAAGCCAUCAUCAUGUCUUACCGAGUCUUUGAGAGUUCUUCUAUCGCCAAGGAUUACGCCCUCUACCGCCCAUCUAUUCCUGAUGAUGUCACAGAUGCUAUCAUUGGCAAACUAAAACUUCAGAAAUCAGACGAUCACGAAUCCUUAGUGGUCGACAUUGGCUGUGGGUCUGGACAGUUUACUCAGAGUCUCGCCAGACACUUCGACCGCGCCAUCGGGUAUGAUAUCAGUGUAGCCCAGAUCGACGAAGCGCGGAGUCAGAACCAGAGAAAGAACGUAGAAUAUGGGCAAGUAGAAAAUUGUAAAACCUAUCUUUAAGGAAAUUGCAGUUUAUAAUUUGGUUGCAA